UCAACCGCAUGUGGUAAAAUUUGGUAACUUAUUUAAGAGUCAACCGCAUGUGGUGAAAUUUGCUACCAGCAUCCCUUAAUUUGUGUAACUACAUUAUUGUAAAAUCAUUUUUUGAUAAUGACAUCCUUUUAAACUUGUACUAAACGGUUGCUGAAGAGGGAAAUUAUCAAAAAUGAUGCUAAAAUUGUUACUCCUCCUUUUUGUGCUCAACAAUCCCCAAAUAAACACUCAAUCGGAUCACAAACUUGGCCAAGGCCAAGGACAUGUGCAACUAAUUUCCAUCUAAAGCAAUUCAGCGAAGUCCUUACAAUAAUUAACACUUUAGGAAUUAGGAUUCCUUCUACGUGAAUACUUCUUAACAAUUUCCCUAAUUCCACUGUCCAUAUCGAUCAUUUUUUUUUUUGGCUCUCUCUUUUGGUUAAUACUGAAAUUAGAGUGUUGUAUCCAUGGCUACCGACGCAAAUUCAGAUCAAAAUGGCUCAGCCAAAACUGUGCUGGUACCGGAGAUUGGGCCAGAUGGCAUUGCUAGAGAAUCACCCGUCAUUGCUUACACCGAGAAGAUAAUUAUGGAAGAGCAACUUCAAUUAAGAAAAUAUAUUGAUGAAAAUUACUCCAAGAUCCGCGAUGUUGAGAAGGAACUGGCAAACCUCACAAUGGAGAUGAAACUUACAGCUGGGCCUAAGAAAGCAGCACUUGAACACAUGAGAAAGAAAAUAGAAAUGUCAACAGAGAAAAUCCGUAUUGCUAAGCUGAAGGAAGAACAAGCACGAAAGGCAUGGGAAGAAGCAUCAAAAGCUGUUAAAGACGAGGAGGAUUUCAAGCAAAAGCUUUGUGAGGACUUGAAUAAUCUGGUUCGUGAAAGUAGUAACAGUCAGCUCGCUAGAUUGGAAGAACUGAAAAGGAAGCUGGAAGCUUUAAAUCCGAGCAGAGCAUCCACGUCCCCUACCUUGGAUCUGAAUCCCGUGGGACCUGCACCGAGCAGUAUGACUCGUGAUGUUUCUUCAGUUCGAGGUACACAAGAAUCAUCAAAUGGAUCAUCUGAAACUACAUUGAAAGAAGGAAAUGCUAGAAAUGCUGCAGCAGAAAAUGGACAAAACCUACAACCUGAAGCAAGAGGGAAGAAGAAAAUUAAUGCCCAAGGAAGAGGCAAGGGAAUUGGCAUAGUGCCUAAAAGUAGAGGUUCAGCACCACCUGGUUGGACGGGGGCUGGGUUUGAUGUGGAUGGUAGAAGUUGAUCACAGUUAAGCUUCGAUAAAAAAGGAAAAAAAGAUGGGAGGCCAUGUCGUGACUAAAUGGGCCCAGUCGAGCUUCCCUGAUUGUACUAGCUUAAAAGCUACAUUGUGAUUUCGAGUUCGGUUUGUUGAAGGAAUAAACUGGUUGAGUCGAGCUUUGUUUCAUGAACAUAUCAACUCAUCUACUUCUCAGUGGUACAGAACGCCUUCCUUGUUAAAUAUGGUUCCCGAGAUCAAUAAGAUAACCUUUUAGAUGUGACUCUUGUUAGUAGCUCAUUAUC